AUUUAUUUAAAGUAAUUUGUGAAAUAAAACCCACCGUUUUAGGGAUUACAUGGUUAAGAAACGUGAUAAUGUUACAAAUAUCUUUAAAAUGUCCUCUUCGGUCAUAUUUUAGUCCGUUUUCUCGUUAAUAUGCGAGAGCGAUGCGCGCUCCCGCGACAGGGGAUGCAAUUUUGGGCAGGCAUGCGUUUCUGGGCAUAACACCGUUCGCGCGGCUUCAAACGUCAUAUCCUGCUCCAAGCAACAAAAACUUUGAUACACGCUUAUCAACAAACUGUUAGCUUGUGUUGAAGAAACAUUCACAGACCUGAAAGAAAUCGACGUCUAGAUGGAGGAAGAGAUGGAGGGUCAGCGCAGACUGCUGGAUUUUACCCGGAUACCGAAGAUCAUCUUACACCGGAUAGAUCUCCAACGUUGUUGCAUUUGUAAAGAGGAAGGGAUUCUAAAUGAGUUUAGCCACCAGGAGGGGAACUCCACUUUAAAAGAAGAGGAACCAGAACCUCUGCAGAUAAAACAGGAGCAAGAAGAACCAGAACAUCAACAGUUCAAAGAGGAAGAGAAGCCACUCUGCAUCAGUCAGGAUGAGGAGCAUCUUGUGCUGAAACAGAAGACUGAUGACAUUUUGGUGAUUCCUUCUAAUUUGCAAAUAAUGCACAAUGAAACAGAACCACAGAGGAACCAACUCAUUUCUCAUGACUCUGCUGAGGAUGAAAAUCAGGAUCAGGAAAGAAGCAAAUCUGAAGACCCAAGAAACAGAGAUGAGAAGCAGAAACGAGAUGAAAUAUGUCAGAAAACCAAACAUCAGAAAGGUAAAACUGAGAGUUCAAAACAAAAAACACACAAGAAAGUUCAUCCAGACCAAAAAUUAUAUUCUUGUAAAAUUUGUGAUGAAUCCUUUAAUCAGGCAAGUUUAUUGACAACACACAUGAGAACUCACAUGGGCAAAAAGCCCUUCACAUGUUCAACUUGUGGAAAAAGUUAUGGCCACAAGGGUGGAUUAAUUUAUCAUAUGAAAGUUCACUCAGGUGAGAAACCUUUCUCAUGUGGGACCUGUGGAAAAAGUUUCAUAACCAAAUCUAAUUUAGUUGAUCACAUGAGGAUUCACACAGGUGAAAAACCUUUCUUAUGUGUGACCUGUGGCAAAGGUUUCUGCAGUCAAAUCAAUUUAACUCAUCACAUGAGGACUCAUACAGGUGAGAUGCCUUUUUCAUGUGGGACCUGCGGAAAAAGUUUCAGAAACAGAAGUGGUUUAUCUUGGCACAUAACGAUGCAUACUAAUGAGAAGCGUUACUCUUGUGAGACAUGUGGUAAAAGGUUCAGUCAUAAAUACACUUUAACUCGUCACAUGAUAACUCAUACAGAUGAGAGACCUUUCUCAUGUGGGACCUGUGGAAAAAGUUACAAAAUCAAAACUGAUUUAAUUGGCCACAUACAGAUACAUACGAGUGAGAAGCUUUUCUCUUGUGGGACCUGUGGAAAAAGGUUCAGCCAUAAAAGGUAUUUAACUUCCCACAUGAGGACUCAUACAAGAGAGAAACCAUUUUCUUGUGGGACUUGUGGAAAAAGUUUCCGUCAAAAUGGCAAUUUAACUGUUCACAUGAGGAGUCACGCAGGCAAGAAGCUUUUCUUAUGUGGGACUUGUCAAAAAGGUUUCAGUUAUAAGAGCAAUUUAACUCGUCACAUGAGAACUCAUACAGAAUGAACAGCAUAAUCAGACCCUCAAGUACCAAAACACAAUAUCUCACAGUUUGGAAUCAGACUAAUUACAGCUGAGUAACAUUUCUAUAAUGUAGCAGUUUAGUGAAGAAAAGCAUUUAAAACAGGACAUUUAUCUAAAACACUAAACUUUCACUUUAUUUUGUCAGUUUUUUUCAUUUAAAAGGGUUUUUGAGAUAUUAAGCAUUACGAAGAUAAGCAUGCAUUUUAAAUGUUUUUUUGUCUACUGAGAUAUUAAUAGUCUGUUUAUCUCUUGAAGUAACGAUGGAUUUGGAUUCUUUCAGAUUUAGACUUGAAAGCUGUCAUUGUAUGUCUAUUCAUUGUACUUAUUGUUUUAUUUUAUUAAUUUUGGUCAGAGAAUGCACAGUAACUGUUACUGUUGGUGUAAGUAUAUUCAGAUUCAAGUUUUUAUUCUGGAGUUGAAUCUUAAUUCAUUUUCAUUUCUUUCUCAAGUUUCUGAUUCAGGGAGAAAAAAAUUGUUGAUUGUAUGAUAGAAACAAUUCAGAUGUUACUGACUUUUGCAAAGUUAUGAUGAAACCUGAGAUGUUUUCCUUUUUUGUUAAAACAUCUGCAUUGACUUUAUUCUUGUUAAGUUGACUGAACUGAAAAGUCAUUUAUACCCAUGUUAGUUUUUUUGUUUUUUUAUCUGUAACACAGUAUUUGUUCGAGAAGGUUUUUAUUUUUCUGUGUUGAUGUAGAUUCAGAUAGAAAUGUGACUAGCAAAAACUGUUUCUAUAUCAUUCUUAUACAAAAGGUUUUUUUUAACCA